AUGGGCAGAUUUUAUGCUUGUGACCAGGCUGUAAACAUUGACGGCACUGAACUGGAGCGCCGUGCCUACAUUGCAGUGCGCGGUGAUUGGGUUCGCCGCAGUAUUCACAUCCUUGCAUGUAAUAUUGGGAUGAAGAGCGAGUCACUGAUGCAUGACAGUUCAAGUAGAAGCUCAGAGACACAAAACUCAGAGUAUCUUGAGGACCUCCAGCUACAUGGUGGGCAACCAGAAGAAGAAGAUAUAAGGAUCAUCGCUCUUCAAGUUACAAGUCUACCGUUAGCACGUGAUCUCGGGAAAGCCCUUCGUGUUGGUGAUGAUAUCAUUGUUGGAUUCAUUGAUUUAUCGAGCCCUUCAGUGAUUCGUAAUGCGACAUUGCAGGUCAUUGAUAGUUGGUUGGGAAAUUUGAAAGAGGAAGAAAGGGAAGAAAAGCUAACUCGGCUUCUUUCAGAGUACAACAUCUCAAAUGCCAAAGCAGGUCGUAAAGAAAUCUCCAAAAUCCCACAAUCCACUGGAGAACUACUGCAGUUGUGUGAGCGAAUAGACGUAAAAGCCUCUAUUCUCCUGGAGAUCAUAAGUGGUGUGGUGACGUUUCCUGCUCACAUCAUCCGCCGUAUUGCCCUGAAGAUGUUAAUAAAAUGGCUAGACCAGGGCGGAACUAGAGAGAGACUUUUGGAAGUUGCUCAGGCUUUUCGUUUUAACGAUGCCGCGCUCAAGAUUGCAGAAGCAAUGGAAUCUAGAUUCCCCCCUUUCAUCUCUCAUGGGAUCAUGGAUCAUAGGGGAGUGAAACUGUUCCUGGACAAACUUGGCAUCACUGUAACUAUCCCUGAAGGAGCCAUACCGAAAGGGAUGAGAUCCGUGGCAACACUUCAAGUUCGAACGCAAGACAGUCCUAGAAUACCUAUACAACAGGGUGAAGUCCUCAUUACUCCUGUCAUCGAGAGCUCUCUCACACAAGAACUGAUAAAGCCAGCCACGGUGGUAGUACAGCUUUGUACCAACCCCAAUGUUCGUAGAGAUGACUCCCCCGCUAUCCUCUACACCAAAAUAGGACCAGCUUUCUUCGGUUGUAGACGCCUGACAAACCCCACAUCCAAAAUCUCAAGAAAUGAGAUCACUUUUCUCACUCGGCAUCUACAAGUGUUUGCCCUGUCGUCAAACAGUCUCCGGGGACUCGAGUUGAGAUGUUUAAUUUUUCAGCCAGUAAUCAUGGAUCCUACACAGAAUCCAACUCUUCGCAUUUACAUACUGCAUCCUUAUAUGCACUAUGUACAGGAUAUAGUGAGAUCAGAGAAGUGUUCGCCUGUCGCCUACUGUCAAGUCAUGCAAGAGUUAAAGUUCUAUAUAGAUUCAACAACAAGAGACCUAAGAAUCGUUUGCCGCAUCGGAACUGCAAGGCUCAAAAGAAUGAUACCGAUUAAAGGUAUACUUUGUGGAAAGGUCAACCAUGUAGACUUCGAGCUUCAGUUCACUCCCAAGGAGAAAGGAAAGAAGAAAGUCGAGAUUGCCAUUCAGGAAGGGUCAAUAAUAUAUGCAGAAAGCAAGUUCGAAACGUCAAUAGAAGAUGUACCAGAUUAUACACGAGAUCAAAAGGAUUCACAUGGUCAAUUGCAGUGUGUACCUGACAGCAUUCUAAAGAUCCUGGCAGAAGAAAUCCGAUCACCGAAAGAAUUGAAGUCCCUUGCCUACCAGCUUGGAUUCUCUCCAUCAGCUACAAAGAAAUACCUCAACCAACCUGAGUUAUCCAUGGAGAUGCUUCGAAAGUGGAGGCGCCGGGUUCGACCAAGUCAACAGAUUGACGAGCUUCAUGCAGCCUUGAAAAAUGCUGGACUAGAACAGUCAGCAGAAAUCUUCUUACCUGAACUGAUCACAACAUCAAGGGCGCACUUUUUACAUACCCGAAAAUCAUGGGAGUCAAAGAAGUAAGAGAUUUCCCCACGAGAAUUAUGUAGAGAGCUGAACGAGAUUGAUGAAGAGAGCUGAGGUACUGACAGCUGUACGAUGGAACGCCCAAGGAGUUCUUCAUGUUUACGAUUUGAAACAUUCACUAAAGAACAUCGUGCAUUAUAUACGACUGA